AUGCAUCCUAAUUCAACUAAAAGUCGUGGCCACACCUAUCAACCAACUCCUAGUAUAGGUCCAAGUCCACAUGCUAAAUUUUUACUUUCCGAUUUUAACAUCUGUCGUACCUUAGGUACAGGUUCUUUUGGUCGAGUUCAUCUUGUUCAAUCUAAAUAUAAUAAUAGAUUUUAUGCCAUGAAAGUGUUAAAAAAAUCCGAAGUUGUACGUUUAAAACAAGUUGAACAUACGAACAAUGAAAAACAUAUUCUUGAACAAGUUCAACAUCCUUUCUUAGUUAAUUUAUGGGGAACUUUUCAAGAUAGUGCUAAUCUAUAUAUGGUGAUGGACUACGUGGUUGGUGGUGAACUAUUCAGCAUAUUAAGAAAAAACCAGCGCUUCCCAGAUCAUGUAGCAAAGUUUUAUGCUGCAGAAGUUGUACUUGCAUUCGAAUAUUUACAUGAAAGAGAUAUUAUUUAUAGAGAUUUGAAACCAGAGAAUUUAUUAUUGGACAAUAAUGGACAUAUUAAAAUCACAGAUUUUGGAUUUGCAAAACAUGUACCAGAUAUAACCUGGACGCUAUGUGGUACUCCAGACUAUUUAGCACCUGAAAUUAUACAAUCAAAAGGAUAUGGAAAAGCUGUAGAUUGGUAUUCAUUAGGUGUACUGAUAUUUGAAAUGUUAGCAGGUUAUCCUCCAUUUUAUGAUGAUGAUCAUAUGAGAUUAUAUGAAAAAAUAUUAGCUGGAAGAAUUAAAUAUCCAUCAUAUUUUGAUCCUACGGCAAAAGAUCUCUUAAAGAGACUUUUGACUAGUGAUUUAAGUAAAAGAUAUGGUAAUUUAAAGGACGGUAGUAAGGAUAUUAAAUCACAUCAAUGGUUUAAGGGAAUUGAAUGGGAUAAGUUAAUUAAACUUGAAGUACAAGCUCCUUAUAUUCCUAAAGUUAGUGGUGAAGGCGAUGCAAGUAAUUUUGACAUUUAUCCCGAGGAAAGAGAACCUUACGGUAAACCUUGUAACGAUGUAUUUAGGGAUAAAUUUUCAUCGUUUUAA